AUGUCAGAAAAUUCUCUCUGUCCGGGGGAAGGACUGAAUGCAGGAAAUCCCUAUGAACCAACCAAAAAAGUUAGGAAUCGCAAUGAAAAUUCUGAGAGAGCAGUGGAGAAGGAGGACAACAUGGUUGUUGAAACCGUGAACUUUUCCACGGACACAAUAUCACAAGACAAUGAGAAAAUCUCGUUUAAGGACACUCUUAUGAACAAUUUUAAAGGUGAUCGGAGUAGCCAGGAUGAAGAUUUUGAAGCUUUCACACUGGAAGAAAAGGAUAUAGAAUUUGGUGACUCUAAAGGAAUGCCAACCAUCAAUUUUUCAGACAGAGUUCACAAUCUUAUAUCACAAAACAUGAAACUCUGCAUAGUUGUUCGUCUUCUUGGCAAAAAUAUUGGGUAUAGAACCCUUCUCAGUCGUAUCUUGAAAUUGUGGAAGCCUAAAAGUUACCCAAGUCUCGUCGAUCUGGAUAAUAACUUCUUCCUCGUUAGAUUCUACUCGAUGGAGGACUAUAUUAACGCCUUGUCCGGAGGACCAUGGGUUUUAUUUGGUCAUUACCUUACGGUGCAACCAUGGAGUCCAGAAUUCUCAUCAGACAAGAUUAAUGCUACGUCAGUCACUGCCUGGGUCAGGUUCCCAGGUCUCCCUAUCCAGUAUUAUCACAAUAAUGUUCUGAAAGCAAUAGCCAAAACUCUAGGGAAGGUCAUUAAAAUUGAUUUUAACACGGAAGCAAGAGAACGAGGUAAGUUCGCUAGAUUGGCUAUUAACUUGGAUCUAACUAAGCCUCUUUGUUCCAGGAUUUUAUUAGAUGGCCGUCUUCAAAAGGUGGAGUAUGAGGGGCUUCCGAUUAUUUGUUUUAACUGUGGACGGUACGGUCAUCGAGAAAACCUUUGUACUCAUAAAAACCUUGUCGAGGGAGUCUCAGAUAGCCCCAUGACUGAGCAAGUCCCUGCCGCCUCAGACCCCGUCUCAGAACCGCCGCUGGUGGUGGAAAGUCCGCCGUUUGGGCCCUGGAUGCAGGUGGUGAAUCGAAGAAGGAAACCCGAUAUCCCUGCCAACAAUCAAGGGAAUAACGGUAACAAACAUUCUGGAUCAAGAUUUGAUGCUAUUGCCAGUUUGGAGGAGAAUUUUCAGGGUCAAUUCGAUACUACUAAUAACAAGAAUAAUUUUGUUCCUUAUGUGCAAAAGGAAACCAUAGGCUCUCAAUUAAAGAAAAUUCCUGUUCCCAUCUUGAGAACGACCAACCAACAAGGUAAAUUCUCUGAAACAAACAUUAAUGCCACUAAUAAAAAAAUGUCCAUGCAGGUCCAUGCAGAUACUAAAGCCCAAUUUGAACAAAAAAAUAAGACACAAGUCCAAUCCAGCAUUGGCAGCAAUGACAAAUCCAAGUCCAUCUCUCACAUGCAAAAUCAUGCUGAUCCUAAAGAUAUUCAAGAUCCUUCUGGCAGCAUGUUUUUUCCGGUGGAAGUAUCUUUAAACCAGAAGAACCAUUCGGCAGUGGCACUUUUAUCUCCAGUGACGGACCAAAACCAUUGCCAACAGCUCAAAUUAUUAUCUCUUCGUGAUAAAUUCACUCCGAAAGGUCCGGAUAAACAACGCAACCAUUGGAAUGUCAAGAUUAACCAAAUUUCUAAAAACAACAGCAAAGCUAAAAAGAGAAUGACUCCUAAGGCGAUAUCUACUAAUAAUAUUGGUGAUAUUCUUAUGGAGAUAACUAAACCUGUUCAAACCUCGGAAGGAACUAGUUCCUCUCCUGAGAUUGUGGUGUCGACUGAUCAGCAACAGAACCUUGGUUCCUCCAAGGAUCAGAUGAUGGACGUCUAA